AUGCUAGCAGCGAAACUAUGCAUAGGAAUCAGCAUUGUCAUCGUGGCCGUGGUUGCGUCAUUGCCGGUUUCCUCGCAGGCAACAGAGACUCCGGACUGGUGUCCAGAUGACAGCACCGGUACUUUCCAGCUUCCCUCAGGAGUCAUCUGUAACCUCUGCCCUCCUGGCACAUACGUGACACAGGACUGCACAGCUGACAACCCCAAUCCCCAGUGCGAGAAUUGCACAGCGACCCGGCACUACAACCCCUGCUACAGCUACGCUGACAGGUGUAACACGUGUAGCGACUGCAGUCCUAUCCUUGAUGAUGGAAGAGAUGGCAUGGUGGAUGGAGAGGAGUGCACGCCCACAAGGGACCGGGUGUGCACGUGCCCCAGUAACGCUUACUGGGACUUCCAGACAGCCAGCUGUAAAGCGAAAACGCUGUGUGAUGAAGGAUACGGAGUGGCCCAUAUAGCUACCUACAAGACAGACACAGUCUGUAUCGAGUGUGUGGAUGGAACCUUCUCAGACGAGAAGUCGCUGACUCAGCACUCAUUCUAG